AUGACUGUUCAAACGCUUGCCAUUGCCGUGCUCACGGCCGUUUACCUUAUCAUCAGGUAUCUGAAUCGCACCGAUGUCCCCAAGAUUAAGGGCCUACCGGAGAUCCCCGGUGUGCCCCUCUUCGGUAACCUGCUUCAACUUGGAGACCAACAUGCGACCGUCACUGGGAAAUGGGCAAAGAAGUUUGGCCCGGUCUUCCAAGUGCGCAUGGGGAACAAGCGAAUUGUCUUUGCUAACAGCUUCGAAUCUGUGCGCCAACUUUGGAUCAAAGACUCAUCAGCUCUCAUCUCGCGCCCGACCUUCCACACUUUCCACAGCGUUGUGUCUAGCUCCCAGGGAUUCACCAUCGGGACUUCCCCGUGGGAUGAAUCUUGCAAGCGUCGUCGGAAGGCCGCAGCGACGGCGUUGAAUCGCCCUGCCGUGCAGUCAUACAUGCCAAUCAUUGAUCUUGAAGCCAACUCAAGCAUCAAGGAACUGUACCGCGAUAGCAAGAAUGGCACCGUCGACAUUAAUCCCACCGCCUACUUCCAGCGAUUUGCUCUCAAUACUAGUCUGACCCUAAACUAUGGCUUCCGCAUUGAAGGCAACGUGGAUGAUAAGCUUCUCAAAGAGAUUGUUGAUGUUGAGCGCGGAGUGUCCAACUUCCGUAGCACCUCCAACAACUGGCAGGACUACAUUCCGCUAUUGCGCAUCUUCCCCAAGAUGAACAACGAGGCGCAAGAAUUCCGGGCUCGCCGUGAUACGUACCUCACCUACCUUCUCAACAUGCUGAAAGAUCAAAUUGAAAAGGGCACGGACAAACCGUGUAUCACCGGAAACAUUCUCAAAGACCCCGAGGCAAAGCUAAACGAUGCGGAGGUGAAAUCGAUCUGUUUGACUAUGGUCUCUGCAGGCUUGGACACAGUCCCCGGCAAUCUGAUUAUGGGCAUUGCAUACCUCGCAUCCGAAGAUGGUCAACGAAUUCAGAAGAAGGCCUACGAAGAGAUUAUGAAAGUUUAUCCGGACGGAGAUGCCUGGGAGAAAUGCUUGGUUGAGGAGAAGGUCCCCUAUGUCACGGCCUUGGUCAAGGAAAUUCUGCGAUUCUGGACAGUCAUUCCAAUCUGUCUACCCCGAGAAAGCACCAAGGACAUUGUGUGGAAUGGUGCGACUAUACCAGCUGGUACAACAUUUUUCAUGAAUGCUUGGGCGGCGGAUUACGAUGAAGAUCACUUUAAGGAUGCAACUAAGUUUAUUCCUGAGCGCUAUCUCGAUCUUGGCGAAGCACCUGGUACUCCACAUUAUGGUUAUGGCGCUGGAUCUCGCAUGUGUGCUGGUUCACAUCUCGCCAAUCGCGAGCUGUUUACAGCCUUUGUCCGUCUGAUCACCGCUUUUCACAUGCAUCCAUCAAAGCAGACGAUCGAUCGACCUGUACUCAAUGCGAUCGACUGCAACGCCAUUGCGACAGCUCUAACAACAGAGCCGAAGCCGUUCAAGGUGGGCUUCACGGCACGCGAUCCGAAGAAAUUGGAGCAGUGGAUUGCCGAAAGCGACGAACGAACAAAAGAUCUGUGA